CCCAUCUUCGAGUGCCUAUAAAAAUUAGGAAGGGAUCCUCCAAAAUCAGAGCCAACACACAAUCCCGACCUAAGACUUUUAACCGUCUCUCCUGUUUUGCCGCUCUUUACCAAGUGAAAUGAAGCCCCAUUUCCUCCUUUUCUUCGUUCUAUCAUACACUCUCGCUGUAGGUAACUUUUUGGCAACUUCCCAAUCAGUUCCAUCUCCUGGAGCUCAUGGCACAAUACCCGACAAUGAAACAAUAUACAAAGUUUCCAAGCAACUCUGUUGGGGUUGUGUUGGCGAGUCACUAGAGUUUUUGUUCACACACAAUUUGGUUAGGGCAGCAAAAUGGGAGCUACCCUUGUUUUGGGAUUUCCAGCUUGAGAAAUAUGCUCGGUGGUGGGCAAGCCAAAGAAAAGCAGACUGCAAGCUUCAGCACUCUUUUCCAGAGGGUGAUUUCAAGCUUGGGGAGAACAUAUAUUGGGGCAGUGGCUCAACGUGGAGGCCGAGUGAUGCUGUGAGUGCAUGGUCUGAGGAAGAAAAAUAUUAUAACUAUGCAAGCAACUCGUGCCAGGGGGGACAGAUGUGCGGGCACUACACGCAAAUUGUUUGGAAGAAUACCAGAAGACUUGGCUGCGCUCGAGUCGUAUGUGAGGAUGGAGAUGUUUUCAUGACAUGCAAUUACGAUCCGCCGGGUAACUAUAUUGGCGAAAGGCCAUAUUGAUGCUGGAGUUUGAAUAUUCUUACUAGUAGUAAACUUCUUCCAAGGGGUACCUUAACUACUCCUGUUCAACUUCAGUACUAUUUUCGAAAAAACUUCUGAUGCUAGCUGGCUCACUUCAAUGCAACUAUUACAUUGAAGGCAAGAAAUUUUUCCAAAAAUAGUGAACUGAACAAGUAUUUUAAGGUAUCCACUGCAAACAUAUAUAUAUACUUUGUACUUGUAUGGAAUUGAGUGUGGAAAUAGCUAGAUCUUAUAGUGUUCGGGUGUAAAUCAAAUGGAACCUGGAAUAGGGGGCUGAAUUCUGAAUAUGUCCUGCGUAUUGUUCUCAGUAUUUGUAGUAGUAUCUGAAAUCCUGCAUGUUCUGCUGGAAUUCGGCAGAAAGCAAUUUGUGCAA